UGUGCUGCGUUUGCCCAAAAACGCGGCGUAACUCCACUAGUACACGGUUGCUGCACGUGGGACUCAUAGAGGUAGCUCCAACACACACCAGUGGACCACCUGAGCAGAGCGGGGCAGCCCGGGGCAGCCAAAAAUGGUCACAAAAAAGAAGCUAGAAGCAGACCUCGCGGCGGCCAACGAGGCCCUGGAAGCGGAGAAGCAGAAGGCCGCCGCGGCGGCCAAAGCGCACGACGACAAAGUCAAGGAGCUGUCGGGCAAGGUCAAGGACCUCGAGGCCGCACAAGCCGCGUCGACAAAGGAGUCCGCGGCCGCCGUCGCCGAGGCGAAGGCGGCCGGCGCGAAGGAGGCGGAGCAGGCCCUCCAAAAGACCCUCGACGACGUGCGCGCGGAGCUCGAGGCGGCCACGAAGCGCGCGGACGCCGCGGAGUCGCAGGCCGCCACGGCAGACUCACUCUUGAGCGCGGACGACUCGGGGGACGCCGCCGCCAUCGCGGAGGCGCAGGCGGCGCUGGCCGCUGUUCGGGAGGAGUUGGCCGCGGUCCAACAGACCAGUGCGGCCGAGAUCGCCGCACUGGCGUCGGAGCUCGACCAGGCGCGCCAGAGCGGCGGCGAGGCCGACCAGUCGGAGGCCCUCGCGGCGCUCGCGACCGAGUUGGAGCAGGAACGAUCUGCAAGACAAUCCUUGGCGGACGAGGCCGCCGAGCUCCGGGCGCAGGCCGCACAGCCGCGCGCCGACGAGGGCGAGACGGCCAAGCUUAAGGCGGAAAUUAACAGAGAGAGGUCGCGCGCCGAGCGCGCGGCAAGGACUCUGGAUGCCGAGCGCCGGAAGACCCAAGACGCCGAGCGGAAGUUACGCGAGACGGUGACGCGGCGCCAGGCGGACGACGAGCAGGACCGGCGACGGAACGGCGUCCGCGCGCGCGCCUGGGCCCGGGCGACCCAUUCCUUGGCCGCGCGGAAGAAGGACGACGCCCAGCAGGCGUCCGCGGCCGUGGCCGCGGCGGGCGGCCUCGCGGCGCGCCUCGCGGCGUUCGGCGCCGGGCUCGCGCGGGCCGGCGAGCUCGACGUCGCGGAACGGUUAUAUGGAGAGGCGGCGCAGCUGCGCGGCACGAUCUACGGCGGGCCCCACGCGGAGGAGGCCCAGUCGCUGCGCCAGCUCGCGGCCCACUGCCGCGAGCGCGACGACCUCGAGCAGGCGCUGGAAUACAUGGACCGGAGCUGCGCCGCGUAUAGUUCGUCGCUGCGCGCUGGCGAGGGAGCGGAUGUUAUCGCUGAACCGACGACGCGGCUGCCGCCGCUGAACUCCGUCGCGCGGCACGCGUCCCUGCCGAGGAUCGAGCCGGAGACGCCUCCCUCGCCGAUCGGACUGCCCGAGGACUUUCUCUAACGAACGUCAACUUAUACUUCGGGGC